AUGGAUCUGAUCAUGUCCAACAUGCGUGAUGUCGUCUUCGCCGAGCGUAGCGACGCAAUCCGACACAUCAGCAUUGAACACGGCUUUGGAGGAAACCAACAAGAUGCAGGCAAGGAUGUCGACUUCUGGGGCACAAGUAUCUGGGACCAGAGCUUGUACAAGGCUUGGACCCAAGUCAUCUACUACCUCGUACCCAACGCUGGCGCCAUCGAGAAUCUGCUGCGUCAGCUGGCAGAGGUCAUUGAUGCCCACGAACUCAUCCUCUACGAACGCACAACCUGUCUCAUGGUCACGCACGUCUCGCGCCCUUACGAAGCAGAUGGCAACCCACAUCCCGAUCGCUUCGAACGCUUAUCCUCCAUCCUCAAAUCACAUAAGCACUCUGUCGCCAAACACACGGGCAUGCCCGCCGGAUCAGCCAACUUUGCCGAGCUGCAGAUCAAGACUGGCGAAUUCAUGUUCUUGAUCACUCGUCUUAGUGAGAAUACAAACUUGGCUGUGGUCAUGGGCAGUGGUGAGGCCAUGUACAACGCCGCCAGGAUAAACAUUGCCAACGCACGCGACAAGUUCGCUGAGCUCGAUAUAGCCAGCAAGAGUCGCGAAAAGGCCGAGACCAGAGCCACCGAUGACGCCUCAAGGAAUGGCGCCUUUUCGCACUGA